AGCCGCAACGCCACGCGCCGGACCGAACGCCACGCGCCGGACCGAACGCCGAGCGAGGCUGAGGGAUCGGAGGGAGAGCAGAGGAGGCGAUCUCCAUCUCCUGCGGAUUCGCCCGCCGCUCCAUCGGUUGCGUAGGCCGCCGCCGGGCGCCCGCGCGGCGCUCACGCCCAUCCCACGCAGGUGAAGGCUGAUCCUUAAAGACUUCAAGAUGGGCGAGGGACACGAAGCUGACAAGAACAUUGAGAUCUGGAGGGUCAAGAAGUUAAUCAAGGCUCUUGAUGCUGCUAGGGGCAAUGGCACGAGCAUGAUUUCUCUCAUCAUGCCACCUCGUGAUCAGAUUUCACGUGUCACUAAGAUGUUGGGUGAUGAGUAUGGAACGGCCUCAAACAUAAAGAGCAGAGUCAACCGUCAGUCUGUGUUGGCUGCCAUAACCUCAGCUCAACAGAGGUUGAAGCUUUACAAUCGAGUUCCCCCCAAUGGUUUGGUGCUCUAUACUGGUACCAUUGUCACUGAUGAUGGCAAAGAGAAGAAGGUCACCUUUGACUUCGAGCCAUUUAGGCCCAUUAAUGCUUCCCUGUAUCUCUGCGACAACAAGUUCCACACUGAGGCACUGAAUGAGCUUCUGGCAUCUGAUGACAAAUUUGGUUUCAUAGUUAUGGAUGGUAAUGGGACACUGUAUGGCACGCUGAGUGGCAACAGCAGGGAGGUUCUUUACAAGUUUAGUGUGGAUCUCCCAAAGAAGCAUGGGCGAGGUGGGCAAUCUGCAGUCCGCUUUGCCCGUCUGCGCAUGGAGAGGCGACACAAUUACCUGCGCAAAGUUGCUGAGCUUGCAACACAGUACUUCAUCAAUCCAGCCACCAACCAGCCAAACAUCGUGGGCCUCAUUCUUGCUGGAUCUGCUGACUUCAAGAACGAGCUGGGAAAAUCUGAGAUGUUUGAUCCGCGUCUGCAGGCCAAGGUAGUCAAGAUGAUUGACGUGUCCUAUGGAGGGGAUAGCGGCUUCAACCAAGCCAUCGAGAUGUCUGCUGAGGUUUUAUCUGAUGUCAAGUUUGUCCAAGAAAAGAAGCUGAUCGGGAAGUACUUUGAGGAGAUAAGCCAAGACACGGGGAAGUACGUCCUCGGUGUGCAAGACACCAUGACAGCCCUGGAAAUGGGAGCGGUCGAAACUCUGAUCGUGUGGGAAAACCUUGAUGUCAGGAGGUAUGAGCUCAAGAACAGUGCCACAGGAGAAACCAUUGUGAAGUAUCUUAACCCUGCUCAGGAGGCUGACCAGAGCAACUUCACUGACGAAGCAACAUCUGGAGAACUGGAGGUCGUCGACAACACCCUGCUGCUUGAGUGGUUUGCCGAGAACUACCACCAGUUUGGCUGCACGCUGGAGUUCGUCACGAACAAGUCCCAGGAAGGUUCUCAGUUCUGCCGGGGAUUUGGUGGGAUUGGCGGGAUCCUCCGCUACCCAGCCGAUGUCACUGCCUUCCAGGAAGGUGAUGACUUGUCUGACGGGGAGUACGACGAAGACUUCGAAUAGCAAUCAACCGAAACCCAAAUGAACACGGUCCGGGAGGAGCCUGUGCUGGCCCGGGCCACACCGGGACGGGAUGACCCUGAAACAUCCAAACGAUCGGUGUAAGGAAACCAUGGAGGAGCUGCUGGAGGGAAGAAGGUCUAAGCAACUAGAAUCUGUAAGCUCGGUGACAUUGGUGGUUUGGAGAUAUGGUGUGUUGCUCACUUGCUCUGUUGAUUCGAGCUUGGAGUCUGGUGAUGCUACUACGAAGCAGACAUGGACGGUGCCUUCUGAUGAUGCUCCAUCAGGAGAGUUUAUUAGUAUAAUCUACUAGUGUCUUCUUAGUAAUGAGUCGGUGUCAGUAGUAUGGUCAAUAAAUUGCAAGAGAGACAGACGCUAGCUCGCGUGGUCGCGUUGUCUGGUUGGAGCAGCUGCAUUGCUGAUGCUGCUGUGUUUUUAUUUUCCUGAACUGAGGUCGGGGUGUGUUUGAACUCGAGUCAUGGUUUGGUACACAGAUAUCUGCACUGUGUGUACGCUUAUGACGUCCGUGGUAUUAAGUAAAUCUGUCUUACUAUUUACUGAUUG